AUGGCUCCUUAUGAGGCACUGUAUGGCAGGAGAUGUAGGUCACCUAUUUGUUGGGAUGAUGUAGGAGAACGUAAAUUGUUAGGGCCAGAGAUUGUGCAGUUGACAGUGGAGAAAGUUCAUCUUAUCAGAGAUCGUCUGCGAGCAGCUCAGAGCAGGCAGAAAAGUUAUGCAGAUAAUAGGAGAAGAAGCUUGGAGUUUCAGGUGGGUGAUCAUGUGUUCUUAAGAGUAGCUCCCACCAAAGGAGUUAUUCGUUUUGGUGUGAGAGGGAAGCUCAGCCCUCGGUUUAUUGGUCCGUUUGAGAUCUUAGAACGCAUUGGUGAGGUGGCAUAUCGACUUGCAUUACCACCUUCACUGUCUCGGGUACAUGAUGUGUUCCAUGUUUCUAUGCUGAAGAAGUUCAUUCCGAAUCCUGACCAUGUGAUACAGUUUUCUGACUUUGAGCUUAGUAAUGAUUUGACGUAUGAGGAGCGACCUAUAAAGAUUGUGGAUUUUAAAGAGCAAACAUUGAGAAGACGGGUCAUUUCUUAUAUCAAGGUUCAAUGGAGCAAUCAUUCAGAGCGUGAAGCAACUUGGGAGUUAGAGUCUGAGAUAAAAGAGAGAUAUCCGUAUCUUUAUGAUACUUCAGGUAAGAGUUUAGAGGACUAA